CAGAGCAGGCGGAAGAGGUGCAACAGGGCGAGGCUCAGGAGGAGAGUAGAGUGCGGAUCCCAACAUGUGGAUGGAGGACAGUGUUGCUCAGCUAUGAACACCAUGCUAAGUCCCAAGCUUAGACAGUCCAGGAGAGCUAGGUCUAAGAGCAUGGUCAUGGGGGAGCUCUCCCGCAGGCCAUCAUCCCCCAGCCUCCAAGGCAGGACGUUAAAAGCGGGCUGGCUUAAGAAACAGCGCAGCAUCAUGAAGAACUGGCAGCUGCGCUGGUUCGUGCUUCGAACUGACCAGCUCUACUUCUACAAAGAUGAGGAGGAAACCAAACCACAGGGAUGUAUCCCGUUGCAGGGUAGUCAAGUCAACGAGCUGACAGCCAAUCCUGAUGAACCUGGGCGGCAUCUUUUUGAAAUAGUUCCAGGCUGUACAGGAGAGAAGGACAGAUCGGCUCUCAGCCAUGAGGCUUUCCUGCUCAUGGCAAACUCCCAGAAUGACAUGGAGGAUUGGGUCAAAGCCAUUAGACGUGUCAUCUGGGCUCCCUUUGGAGGAGGUAUCUUUGGCCAGCACCUGGAGGACACAGUACAGUAUGAGAGAAAGUUUGGACCCCGACUGGCCCCUCUGCUGGUGGAGCAGUGUGUGGAUUUCAUACGGGAGCAGGGUCUGAAAGAGGAAGGUCUCUUUAGGAUGCCAGGACAGGCCAACCUGGUCAAAGAACUCCAGGAUGCUUUUGACUGUGGGGAUAAGCCUCUGUUUGACAGUAACACUGAUGUUCACACAGUGGCAUCCCUCCUGAAGCUCUACCUCAGGGAGCUGCCGGAGCCUGUGAUCCCUUUUAACAAAUAUGAGGACUUUCUAACCUGUGCACAGCUUCUGCUAAAAGAUGAAGAAGUGGGUCUCAGUGAGCUUGUGAACCAGGUGAACACUCUUCCUCAGGCUAAUUAUAAUUUGUUAAAGUACAUUUGCAAAUUCUUAGAUGAGGUGCAGUCACAUUCGAAUGAGAACAAGAUGAGCGUUCAGAACCUUGCAACAGUUUUUGGACCAAAUAUCCUUCGGCCUAAAUUAGUGGACCCUGUUUCAAUGAUGGAAGGAGCCUCCCAGGUUCAGCACCUGAUGACGGUGUUGAUCAGUGAACAUGAGCGUCUGUAUGUGGGGACUGAGGGAGAUGCGAUUUCAGAGCAGACCAGAAUUUGUCGUCAGGGUCAGCGCGGCAGGGCGGAGUGGAUCUCCGAUGAAGAGAUGCUGAACUGCUCAUCGCCGAGCCAGACGUCCAAAGUGGCAGAGAGUGUGUGUGGCAGUGCCACGUCCUUAGAUAUGAAUACAGGUGCCCCUACCACUGCCAAAAUGACACCUCAGGGAAAAUCUGGGGUGACAGUCAGCCCCAGCAAACAGGCUAAAUCCCUCCCCUCUUGGAAAUACUCCUUCAAGAGCGGAGGGGUACGUGCUCAACCUGCAAAAAUCGGGGGCUCGUCUGUGGAUGUGUCCACCUUGCCCAGUACGGGCAACUGGUUGAUGAACGGGCUUUCCUCUCUGCGCAGCCACCGGCGUACAUCAUCAGGAGAGCGCAUGGGCAAGGAUUCAGCCCCGUCGCACCGUCUAUCCACUUACGACAAUGUGACCUCAUCGAGGCUCAGCAUACCCAGCGUUGCAAGCACGCCCUGGUCCACGUCCUCCUGUGAGAUCUUAGUGGACGACUCUGUGGGUAGUGACCCCUCUGGACUGAACUCUGUGAAGGUGGAUUGGUCAGUUGGAGGGUCUGUCCAAGGGCAAAGUGGGGACAGGAAUUCAGAGGUCACUAAGAGCAGCGAAGCACUGGAAAUGUGUGUGAGCAGUGCAGGCUGCAGUGAGAAUGGAAGUGGAGAAGAUGCGGUGAACGUCACAGGAGAUACUGGCAUUAGCAAGACAGCACUUAACGGCCUGGUAACAGAGCUGAAAGACGAGUUAAAGAAACAGAAGGUCAACUACGAAUCACAAAUACGAAGGCUAGAGGAAUCAAGUGUCACUAUGCGUAACCAAAUGGAGAGACUAGAGGAGGAGUUGGACCAGGAGAAGAAAAAGUAUCGCAUGUUGGAAAUUAAACUCCGUAACUCUGAGCGAGCCCGUGAGGACGCAGAGACCCGCAACCGCUUGCUUCAGAACGAGAUGGAGGAGUUCUUCUCCACUUUGGGAGAUCUUACGUUGGGAACAAGGACAAGCAAAAUUUGACUGGCCCUCUUACAGGCCUCCUGAUUUAACACUGAGAGACUAUGUGUUUGUUGUAGAUAGAAUUUCGAAACCUCUCUGCUCAUGCAUCAUGAGUAUUCAGAGGUAAUUUUGUGCUGUUUUGUUACAGCGACUUGAUCAUGUGUAGCAGUUACACUUUUCUCCCUGAUCUUCAGUCUUACAUUUUAAAGGGAUA